UCCCAUUAGCUUCCAUCAUGCAGGAUCGAGCCCUAAAUCUCUCCUCUCCCCGCCUCGGAGGACAUGGAGUUAUAAAAGAACAAACUCUGAACUAAAUGCAACUCUGCUGCAGGUGGAUUAUGCAAGCGCUGAUCUGGACCUCUGUCUUUCUGCAAUUAAUCCAGCCUUGCAAAACUGUCUUGAAAAUUUACCAGAGCAGAUACAAAAACUACUUGCCCUCCAUAGUGAAAACACUUUGCGCACCUCUCAAAAAGAAUUACUUGCCACAGACACUGUUACAAUGAGCAAGAAUAUCCAGGAAUUAAGGGAAGCACUGGAAAGACAAACAAAAGAGACUCUGAAACUCCAAGAAGAAGCAACCAAAUUUACAAUGGAAUCAAUCACACAUUCUCUGAGUCAUGAAGAGAUUUUAUCAAGUGGCAACAUUCCCAGUGGGGGUGCUGCUAGCCCACUUUUCAGCAAUCAGAAUGUAUUAGCAUCUUCCAUUCGUAGCACAGUGAUGGAAACCUCUACCUCUGCUAGUGCUGGCAGUAGUCCACCCAAAACUGUCUUGUAUUCUAAAUAUGAAGUGGACAUUGAUACCCAGAAGAGAAGCACUAGUUAUCCUGGAAAAGAGCACAUUGAGAGCAUCUUGGAAGAGUACUCACAGCAAGUCAGAGAUCUGCAGAAGAGGCUAAAUGAUAACACUGAACUGCAUGAACAACAGAAGUUCAAUUUAAGACAGACAAUCGUUGAGUUGCAGACCAAACUUCAGGAGGUGCAAAUGGAGAGAGAUGCUCUUGUGGAUAUCAGACGAAGAGAAUCCCAGACCCAGGAGGACAUCAAAAUACAGCUACAGGCUACAAUUCAUGAACUGCAAACAGCUAACCACCUUCAGGAGGAGAUGCUGAGGGAGGCCAACAGCCAAACUGAGCAUCUGAAAAAGAUGGUACAUGGCCAUGAGGAAGUGCUCCACGAACUGCGGGGCGUUCUAGUGGACUACGAAGACAGCACAGGCAAGAGGGUGUAUGAGCACGAGAACAUCAGCGGUCUCCAUAUCCGCAACCUGGGCACAGCUUUUAGUAAAGUCCUGCGAGAUUUAGACUCAGAGGUGUCGUAUCUCAAAGGGAGGAUUUUCCCGUUGGAGGAACAACUUGAAUCACUGAAAAAAGAAUCACAGGCCAAAACAGAACUUCUGCUUCAACAACAUCAAGAUAGGAUUGAGCAACUAAUAAAUGAACAUGAACAGGAGGUGGCAGCACUGACUGAUAAAACCAACAGCGCACGCAGCCAUGCAAAUAGUAUCCAAAGCCAGAUGGAGAUCAUUCAAGAACAAACACGAAACCAGAAUUCAAUGUACAUGCGUCAGGUCAGUCAACUGGAAUCCACUGUUUCUCAGCUGCGUUCUGAGUUACGAGAAGCUAAAAGGAUGUAUGAAGACAAGAUAGAAGAUUUGGAAAAGCAACUGCACCUGGCUCAUUCUGAGAUGGCAGAGGCACAAACUGAACGGGAUCAAUACAGUCAAGAAUCUGGAAAUCUGGAUGAUCAGCUUCAGCAGCUGCUGGCUGAUCUACAUAAAAAAGAGAUGGAACUGAGUCUGGAAAAGGAGCAGAACAAGCGGCUUUGGGAUCGGGACACUGGCAACAGCAUCACCAUUGACCACCUACGGAGAGAACUGGACAACAAGAAUAUGGAAUUGCAGCGCAUGGAGAACAUAGUGAAAACAAUGAAGACCGAGUGUCAGGGACAAAUGGAACGUCAGAUGGCUGCAAUUAAGGAAAAGAAUGAAAGCAUUGAAAGAGUCUCCUCCUUGACUGCCCAGCUAGAAUCAACCAAAGAGAUGCUCCGUAAAGUGGUUGAAGAUCUGACAGCCAAGAAGAUAAAUCUGGAGGCUUCUGAGAGAACAGUGUCUGACUUGACAGCCUGCCUGCAAGAGAAGGAGAGAGCCAUUGAAAUUACCAAUGAGGAAGUCAGGAAGCUCCGGUCACGGGUAGAUAGUAAGUUGCAGGAGCUCCAGCACUUAAAGAAUGAAGGGGAUUACUUACAGAAUGUGCAGUUGGAGUGUGAGACACUGAAACUGCAGGUGAUGGAAAAGGAAAGAGUUAUUGAGAUCUUCCAAAAGCAAAUUGAUAACAUGACCCAGAUUGUGGGCCAGCAUGGACGAACUGCUGGUGCAAUGGAGGUGGAGAAAUCUCAGCUUGUGAAAGAAAUCAGUGACAGGAAACUGGAAGUACAAGAACUUAAGAUUGCGAUGGACAAGAAAGAAGACAGAAUCCGUGAAAUGGAGACCAGAUUGAGUGAGCUGGAGCUGGAAAAAGUUAAACUGAUAAAUACCUGCACUGAGAGGCUCCGUGCAGUAAAGGACAUGAAACUGGAAAGAGACCAACUCAUGAAUGAGCUGAAAGCCAGUCGCACUGAGCUAGCUGGCCUCGCAGAGGAAUAUGAAAAUUUAAAGAGGAAUUAUCGAGACAAAAGCGAAGAGAUGGAAGGUAUCACAAGCAAACUCAGAAUGCAAUUGAAAUCUGCCCAGGCUGAACUGGAACAAACCAGAGCCACUUUAAAGACUAUGGAAGGUUCCGACGGCCAUGCUAUGAAAGUUGCAAUGGGAAUGCAGAAGCAAAUCACAGCCAAGAGAGGACAGAUAGAUGCAUUGCAGAGCAAGAUUAAAUUCUUGGAGGAGGCAAUGACAAAUGCAACUAAGGAGAAGCAUUAUCUGAAAGAAGAAAAAAAUAAACUAAGCCAAGAACUGAGUAGUAUUGCAACAGAAAACAACAAGAUGACUGGAGAGCUGGAGAUCCUAAGGUCACAAGAUCGACGUUUGAAAGAAAAGAUUGCUAACAUGGAGGCAGCUCUUGAUAAGGCAUCUAUGCAAUUUGCAGAAUGUCAGUGCAUAAUCCAGUGUCAGGAGCAAGAAGCCAUGCGCUUCAAACUACAACACACUUUGGAUAUAAAAGAACUGCAGGGCCCAGGAUAUACGUCAGGUUCUACUUCUGGAAAGCCACGCCACAUAUCAUUGCCACUUACUCAUCCCCAUGCUAACGUGCCACCUUCCCAAGCCUUUCAAGGCUUCAUUCCUCACAUGCCACCCAAGCCAGGCAUUGUGAAGGAGGACCCACUGCGAGAUUUAAAGCGGCUUCUCCAGGAAUUAAGAAGUACGAUUGAUGAGAUCCCCUCCAUGGUUCUCAGUAAGAGUGACAGCGAUGGCAGGAGAGAGUUACCUUUAGCCACCUUGAGAAACACAAUAGAUGCUGCAAGUAGAGAAUCUGCUGUCACAUGCAGCUUGCGACAGGAUAUAUACAGCAAAGAUACUGCCGUGAGAGACUCCGCUCCUGAAGGCAGCUUGGGGCAGGAUACUUUCAGCAGGGAGCCUUUAACUUUACAUGUUUCGGAUCUUGAGGACCAAACUGCUACUCGGCCCUUCACACCCACUGCAAGUCCAUCCAUCUUCACUGCCGCUCCUCGUUAUGCCUCUUCCCCAAAGAAGUUCUCCCAGGAGGAGAGAUACAAAGAUAGGUCUCCAGUGCACUCACUGUUAACUGCUCCGCUAGAUGACCUGAAGGCUGUCCCUAGUACCUCAGCAGAUCACAGACCAUCUUUGAGGAAGAGUAGCUCACCAGAAGCUACAACUGCCCGGAAAAAUAUCUCCUUCACUCCCAGUUCUUCCUCUCAGCCUGUGGAAACCAGUGGGAGCACAUGCAGGCAGCUACAGAACAAGAUGGAAAACCUACAAAACCUGGUGGAAACGUUACAGAUGAAAAACCAAGCAAUGUCUUCGAUGAUCCGCUGUCAGGAAAAGAAGAUUGAGAAAGUGAAGGAAAAGGAGAAAAAGCUAACAAAAUAAAGAAACUCUGUAUGGUUGUGAUCAUUCUAAUAUAUGUAGAUUCAGCCCCAUUAAAUGUGAUGCUUAAAAUAUGAUACUGUUAAAGAUUCAUAAUAAAGGUUCAUAGUUUUGUAA